CGCGUCACAUGACCCGCCUCGCCGAAUUGCGUACAAUCCGAAGAAGCGACAACCUUUUAUUAGCCGAUGCUAGCUGGUUAGCAACCAGUAUGAAAUGCCAUUACUGUUAGCUUCUCUCCCACCGGGGCUUCGUUUUCUCAUUAAACGGAAGGGCGUGUCACUUGGAAGCCUGAGGACGUGUGCGUUUUUCGGGGACAUCGCCUCAGGAAGAGUCCGUUUGCGGGAGUUCUGAUGCGAAGUCACGGUUAGCACUAGCUAGCGCUCACGGGGCUGCGUACAUACAAACAACGGCUGCGGCUCAGCUGAGCCACGAUGCUCUGUUAUGGAGUCUCGAGGUAAAAUAUAAACUAUUUAUUUUCUACUUUAAUUAACUGUGAACUUUUCAUAACCCCAAUACGGCAUUUAUGCUGUGUUAAAGUUAGUUUAACGUCGAGUAAGCGCUAUUGAGCAAGUGGAAAUUAAGCUUCUUACUUGCUAACGUGAAUCUUUGAGGAUUUUACUGGCUGGCUCAACACCACAUUUAUAGCCUAAACAUGUCGUAGAAUCGAUUAAUCAUUAGAGGACGCUACUCAGGGAAGUCUGUGUCUUUAACGAGAAGGACUUCAUGAGGUCAAUAAGAAGGAGCGAUAGAGGUUUCAUAAGCUCUGUUUGUAAAUAACUCCUCCUUCCGGGGACCAUACCAGGUGUUGGCAGGUCAUGGCUCCCUGCUAACUGCACUGCUGCUGAGGCACCGCUUGGUGUUUGGGACCGGUGAUGUUACACAGACGUCCUAUAUUACCGAGGUUGAGGUCGUGUGACUCGGGACUAGUCAUAGUGUCCAGCAGGCAGAGUCGGCCAUAACCGGAGCCUUCGUUUCAACACGUUAAACAAGACUAAGCACACUUUGCGGGUAUGAUUUCGGCUCAGCAUGAGGAGAUGGGUCUGCUUUCGUUGGACUCUCAGUGAACGGUCUUAGUCUCUGACUCUCCCCCCUUUGGAGAAGAAGAUGGAGACAGGAUGCAGGUCCCAACAGGGCGAGCCUUUCGUCCACCCGCUCUCCAACCCCGGGGCUGCGGGGAUCUGCCCCGAGAUGCUGGAGGUGGCGGAGGAGGCUAACCGAGCCGGGGACUUUAACCUGGCCGCGGAGAUCUACAGCUCCCUGCAGGCUGACUUGCAGCAGCCGGACAGAGGCUUGUGUCUAAGGAAGGCGGACUCUCUGACCCGCGCAGGGCGGAUAUCCGAGGCGCUGGACCCCUACUGCACAGCGGCCAGUCUUGACAAACUGCGCCCGGAGGAGCUCCCCAUCCUGGUGGAAACCAUCGCCCGGACUCUCCAGGAGAAAGAGCUGAGCAUCCUCGCUGCGACGAACGGUACAAGCAGUAGCAGCGGCGAGGAUGACUGGAUUGAGGGUAACGGGGAAUGCGAGGUGGAUGAAGCCCUUGAAUUGUUUUCAUGUAGCCUCUGCAAGUGUCUGCUCCACGAGCCCACCACCGUGGAGUGCGGACACACUUUCUGUAAACGCUGUCUAGAGGAAGAGACUGUCAAAGAAUGCACACUAUGCAAACACACGUUGGACAACAAAGACGGACUGCCAAACGGCCUGCGACUGAACGUGGUUCUCAGUGGCCUGUUGGAUAAACUGUUUGCAACUGAGAGCAGAGCCAGGAAGUUUUGGAUUGAGGGCGAGGUGCUGUGGAAGAACCAGAACCUCUCAGAGGCCUUGGAGAAGUACGAUGCUGCUGUAGAUCUAGUGCCCUCCUCAGGCCGACUGCUGUUUCAACGGGCUGAGUUGAACAUGGAGAUGAGGAACUUCAGCAAGGCAGUGCAGGACACCAGUAGCCUCUGUAGAACAAAACCUCUCUGGACCAAGGCUCACUAUCUGAAAGCCAGUGCUCUCAGGAAAGCAGACCGGAACGAUGAAGCCUUGCAGGAAUACUUAAUAUGUCUGGCGCUGAAGCCCGACUGGACCAAAGUCAAACUGGAGGCUCAGAAGGUCCUUAGCGAGCUCUUUUCCUCUGUGUUUGAGAAUGAGGACAGGCCGACACCACUGCAUCCUCUGCAGGGAGGGUUGGCCAGCCGCCUCAUCAAACCCGGCGUCUUGCUCAGGUCCCUGAGGCCUCUCACACAGAGACCGGGCUCCUCCUCACAGGACUCAGAUAUCAGUGUGAACAAACAUGCUCCAGUGGACAACUCAUCCUUCAGACUGUCCAUUGUGGCACCCGGUAAAUCGGACCCCGCUGCGGAGGAAGGCUGCACUAAGAGCCUUGCCUUAGUUCUGGCUGCACUACCGGCGUCCCCUAGUGGCCUUAAGAGGAAACAUGGCAGUGACGUACCAUCAGAAACCUUCAACCCCCCCUCCAAACAGCUCAGACCAGAUGAGGUGAGCGGCUCACAGACAUUGGGCUCAGUGUGCGGAGGAAAGAUUGUUCCUGCUGACCUGUUGGACAGUGGAGACAUGGAGUGUUCACUGUGCAUGAGAUUGUUCUAUGAGCCCGUGGCCACUCCCUGCGGACACACCUUCUGCCUCAAGUGUCUGGAGCGCUGCAUGGAUCACAACCCCAACUGUCCCCUGUGCAAGGAGAACCUUGCUGAGUAUCUGGCCACCAGGGGUUACAACAAGACCCUUCUGAUGGAGGAAGUGCUGCAGCGUUACCUGGGAGAUGAGCUGAAUGAGAGGAAGAAAAUCCAUGAAGAGGAGAUGACGGAAUUGUCCAACUUGAAACAAGAAGUGCCGGUCUUUGUGUGCACCAUGGCCUUCCCCACAAUCCCCUGCCCGUUGCACGUGUUUGAACCGCGCUACCGCCUCAUGAUCCGCCGCUCCAUGGAGACUGGUACCAAGCAGUUCGGCAUGUGCAUAGCUGAUGAGCUCAAAGGAUUCGCCGACUUCGGCUGCAUGCUGCAGGUUCGGGAUGUGAAGUUCUUUCCUGAUGGCCGUUCAGUGGUGGACACCAUCGGUGUGUCACGGUUCAAAGUCCUCAGCCACGGCCAAAGAGAUGGUUACAACACGGCUAAGAUCGAGUACCUGGAAGACAAAAAGGUGGAGGGAGAGGAACUGGUGGAGCUGGUGAAGCUGCACGACUCUGUGUAUGACCAGGCCAACGGCUGGUUCACCUCGCUGAAGGACAACAUGAAGAGCCAGAUACUCAGCCACUUCGGACACCUUCCCAGCAAAGACCCUGACCCACAGGGCAGUCCCUGCGGCCCCGCCUGGUGCUGGUGGCUGCUCGCUGUCCUUCCCCUGGAGAAUAGAGCCCAGCUGACCAUCCUGUCCAUGACCUCCCUCAAAGAGCGACUCAUUGCCAUCCGCAGGGUCCUCAUCUUUGUCACGCGCAAGAGGCCACGGUGAUGGCUGAGCAGUCAGACAGGAUGCUUGGCCUUCUAUGCAGUUCAAAAACCAAUUUGGUCAUUCAAUGGUCAUUUAGUGUUUUACUCAUUCAUACUGUACUGAAGUCACACAGUCGUUUCUGUUGGGAAUGAAGGAGGGUUGGUUUUGCUCGUAUGAUGGCAUUCCCUUCCCACUGUUCAUCUUUUCAUCCUCCAACCAACAACCUAAGUGGCUGUAUUGAGCAACAAAACAUUUGAAAGGAGUGCCCUCUCACCUUGUUAUGUUCAGGGUAAAAGCGGUCCUGCUGAGCCCUGCUGAGCCCUGUCACUUCCAUUAGGUGUCUCCUGGAUGAUUCACUCGACUCUGUUCUGAAGGAACAAAAAUGUAUCACUCUUGGCGGACCUACUCAAGAGGUAGAGCGGUUCCAUCCGCGGCUCCUACAGAUUUUGACAAAGUGUCCUUGAGCAAGACGCUGAACCCCAAACUGAUGCUGUGUCAUCGUGAGAAUGUGGUAAUUAGUAAGUGAGCCGUACAUUGUAAAGCGUUUUUACAAUAAAAAUGAAUAUAAAUGCAGUAUUUUUUUUUUUACCAUUUUAUCACCACUAAAGCAUUGUCAAAAGAAAAGGAUCAGGUUCAAGGGAUUUCUUCAACAUAUGCCGCAGUAUGUCACACAAGCUGAAACAGAUGCUGGCCUGCUACAUUGCAGUGUGGCUGUACGACUGCUUGUACAGGUAUGGAAUCAAUACCAAAUCUCACCUACUGCAACAUGAAGCAAAAACACUCGGCAUGAUGGUAACGAACAAGAGAAUGUACUGGUCUGCCUGUAGAAAGUGGUUGUCUUUUUAUUUCCCCUCCCUACUAAAUUUGUAUAGUCUAUGGUGAGGUUCAGGUGAGGGGUCAAUCCUGUAAUUGCAACAGCUGCUUCUCUAGAGAUCUUCCUGACUGAGCCAAAACUCAUGAUAACACCUGGAACUUUACAUCUGCUGCUUCAACAGGCAGUGGGUGUGUACCUCAUACAAAGUGACGGGCACCAUGAGAAUCAGUGUGUUCCGAAUUGGGAUCAUGCCCAUGAUACUCACAUCAAAAGAACAAGUACAACUCUAAAACAUCUUGCUCCUCUCGUCUCGGCAGAAGGUUCGACACGAGUCAAGGGUAAACCCACGUCACACAGAAGUUCCAUAUCCAGAUCCACUUGAUCGGGAACUUUAAAGUUCUAUUGUAGCAUUUCUCUGGACUUCAAAUACCAUCUUGGUUUAUUCAGUUUCUCCCUCUGAUAUGCCCGUUUGUGUACGUGUAUGGUGAACUUUUAAGUUGGGUGAUUUGUAUGUACAUCAAUGUAACUUGGAGGCCUUUUUAAUGUUUUAUUUAAGAAACGUUUCAACCUCUCUUUUCUCUACUUCGAUCUCUCUCUGUCUGGUUGCAUUUGGACGCACGCUGUAAUGCAAUUCCUGUUUGUGAAGUUGGCCUGCGGGGUUUCCCUGUCAACAAAUAGUUACAGAAUCAAUGCUUUUCUCACCAGAACACCAGUUUGUGUGUGUGUCCUUGAGGCCUGACAAACGUGCUGAAUCAUUUUCCUUGCUCUGAAAAAGUUUGCAAAGCAGAUGUGUCAAAGGAAAUAUUUUGACCUGGUAUUGUUGGCUGUUUCCCCCCGCCUUUAUUGGCUCAAUCCCGUUUACUUGGGUUAAACAGCGAAUUUAAAUUUGUUACUGCUUCAAAGCACUUAGAAAUGUUCUAAAACUCAGGUGUAAACUCUAAAAAAUUAUUCAAAUGUUCCACAGUCAGGAACUGAUAACAAAAAUGUUAUGUUGCGAUUGGAUCACAGGUACCAUUAGGAGGUUUUGGCCACCUGUUUUUUAUCAGAAGGAAUUUUAGUUUUAUGUUUGUAUCCUGCGCAAGGGCAAAUCGCAGCUCGUACAAUACAGGAAGAACAUGUGAAUGAUGAACGAUUGAAAGCAUUUAAAAUGUCUUUGCACAUUUAGAUUUGAUGUGGUGGGAUUUGUGGGAAACUCAUUUGUUCACAAGAAUCUUCACCAGUGUGCUUUUAACAUCUGGAGGUUGUUGAUUGCUCAAAUUUGACUCCUUUUGCAAGUCAUUAAAUUUAAUAAAGUCAUUAAGUAAAUAAAAUCACAUUAUGAUUAAUUUAAAACCGGUAAGGCUGUGGUUGUAAUUGCAUUACCAGCGUGCGGAAAAAUGCUCCGUUCCUCUGUAUGAUUCUGUCCUUCCAAAAGUUUGUGACUCUACUGCAGUUGCUGGCUCUCCCCAUAGGAGUAGUGUUCACAAUGUGCUGCAUUCCCUUGUAUAUUUGUAUAGGGAGCUCUUAUACCUAUUUUUUAUUGCAAAUAAAGAGAAUCAAUUGA